UUUAAAUAUAAUUUAUCAAAUGUUUUAAAAUUGAAUAUAAUUUUUAGGGAUGGAAUUGGUGAGGGAAUUUGGAAAUUCUGAAAAUAAUUCAAUUUCUGAUCCAGAACACUCGGAUCACCUGGAACCUUCAGAUUCCACUCCAAACAACCAUUUAUCAAACAAUUUAUCAAAUAACAUAAAAAUGAAUUUAUCGAAUAAUUUACCAAAUGGAAUAAAAAUGAAUUUAGGGAAUAAUGUAAAAACAAAUUUAGGGGAUGAAUCUGAUUUUGAUCAGAGUGGGAUAGUGUAUAUAUCUCGAAUUCCUCCGUUUAUGGGUUUAUCGAAGUUACGUUCGUAUUUUUCAAAUUUUGGCGCUGUAGGGAAGAUUUACUGUCAUCCGGAGUCGAUUACUGAGUAUAACAAGAGAAUUAAAUCUGGAGGUAACAGGCGCCUUAAAUUUACCCACGGCUGGGUCCAGUUCACAGAUAAAAAAGUGGCCAAACAAGUGGCCAAAAUGUUAAAUAACAAGCCUGUGGAGGAUAAGAGGCACAGCUUCUGGCGCGAGGACCUGUGGAACAUAAAGUACUUACCCAAGUUUAAAUGGAGACACUUGGUCGAAUACUGGUCAAAUACCAAACGGGAACGUAAAGAGAAGCUACACUCCGUCCUGGCCAAGGAAAGGAAACGCAAUCUUCACUAUCUCGAACAACUCGAACAAGAAAAAGUCGAACAACACAUUGAACAGAAAAAGGGUAAAAAUGAACUUAUUAAGGGUAAAAAUGAAGUUAAAAAGGGUGAAAUUGACCCUAAAAAGGGUGAAAUUGAAGUUAUUAAGGGUAAAAAAGAGGUAAAAAAAGAUAAAAUUAGCGUUAAAAAAGCCGUAAAAAGCUCUGGAAAAGAUGUAAAAAAAGAUAAAAUUAGCGUUAAAAAGGGUAAAAUUGGCGUUAAAAAAACUGUAAAAAGCCCUGGAAAAGGGGUAAAAAGUGUAAAAAAGGGGAAGCGGGAAGUACCUAUGGAACUCUUAGAAUCAAUUGUACUUUAA